AUGAGGAAAGAGACGCACAACAACAGAAGAAAGAGAUUGACAGAGAGGCUGGGAAAGUGGGAGACGGCAAAUAGCACAAACUGGAAUUAUCACAUGGGGAUUAUAAUACAAUGGAGUGUGACAGACGAUGGUUAAUAUCAAACGUGAAGCUUUGGAUGCUGAAGACAUUAAUACCAUUACACAAUAAUUGAGAUUCAGCCUUACACAGGGAGCAUGCCACGAUGUCAUCCUACUCUGAUGCCGAUAAUCAGUGUCAACCGGGGGACACCAUCUGUGAUGUCACAGUGUACAAAGAGGAAGUCAUCAUCGUGCCCAUCCUGCUCCUUGCAAGCUUCCUGGUCACUCUGCUAAUCAUUCUCCUGCUGAGGUACUGCCCUGAAAAGGGAAUCCGCAGACGACCCAGCGUAAUCCUAGCCCGACCACACAGCACCAGCAGGUCGAGCAGACACACACAGAGGCGAAGUGCCAGACAGAACCUACAGGGCAUUGAGGCUCCUCCUGAGCUGAACCCACUGGAGCAUGAGGAGUUACCUCUGACCCGGCGUGACGCCCCAGCCACCAUGUCUGCAGUACCGGAGACGCAGCAUGGCUCUUUCAACCUGGUCACUCCGCUGCCCCUGUCCUUCUCUGUCAAACCGAACGACCCUGUCACCCUCUACCGGGCAAGGAUGGACAACCGAGGCGUGGUUCUACGGACACUUAAAGAGACAGCUGAUGCAAGUGAGCGCCAGUCGUUCCUGGGCUUUGCCUCCUUCCUGUCUGAGCUGGGGCCCCACCCCUUCCUGCCUGGUCUGAUGGGCGUGCUCUCUCUACAUACCCCCAUCAUCACUGUGAUGGAGGAACUGGAGCACAGGGACCUGCUGGGGUUCCUAUGGAGGUGUCGACAGGACACAGGUGGGGAGUCCCCAUGCAAUAUCACAGAGAAGCGUAUCUUCACCAUGGGAGGACAAGUGGCAUCUGCUCUGGAAUACCUGCAUGGUCAGAGCUGUAUCCAUGGCAACGUUGGAGCUCGGAGCGUGUUGGUUGGCGGAGACCUGACGGCUAAACUGUGGGGAUUGGGUCCAGCAUACCGCAGGAAAACACAAGCAGGAACUCCAGGAGAGCUGGAGAACAUUGAGAUGAGGAAGUGGCAGGCUCCAGAAGUAUUGGCAAGGAGACUUGUCAAUCAAAGCAGUGACGUCUGGUCUUUUGGUAUCCUGCUCCAUGAAAUGGUGACACUAGGUGACCCACCAUUCCCUAAAGUAUUGGCCAAUGAUCUUCUUCAAUACCUCCAAAGAGGAAAGACUCAGAAGAGACCAGCUAAUUGUUCUAACUCACUGUAUUCCAUAAUCAAGUCCUGUGGCCAGUUCGCUCUACAGGAGCGCCCUGCAUUGCCUGAGGUGAUCCGGAAGCUCCAAUCAGGAGAGAAGAGUGCCAACAAUAGGACAGUUCUUCGAGUGCCUGAGACACUGGACAUUGAGAAGUACCUGCAGGAGGCGGAAUAUGGAGAGGCCUACAAUUACGCAGUUCUCUGAUUGGCUCCUGGGCUUGUCGUUUAAAUCAAGGUCUAAAUUCAGUGUCGCUUUUCUCACAUUAUCAUGAAGACUGCUGGAAGAGCGUUUCAAAUGUCAAAACACGAAAUGUUGUUUAUCUUUAGGCCCCAUACUAUCCUCAAUACAAUGUGAGAGACUGAUGAAACACUCAGGUAUAAGGACAUAUAUACAGUAUACUGAACAAAGAUAUAAACACA